UACGCUUAGCACAAGUGUUUUUGCCCUGACACAAAAUCAAUAAGAUUAAGCAAAAGAUCGAUCUCGCAGCUUUGUUUUGAGCUGAAAAUGGAAAGUUUUGGGAAAAACAAAAAAUUAUUUCCUUAAAGCAACUAUCCUACAUCUUACGACAUUGAAAAGCCCUUUUUAUACCAUUAUCUGAUCGCCUAAAAAUAUUUAACAAUAGAUUUCAUUGUGAAGAUGUUUUUUACUCGUUCUGGAGAACUGGUAAAUCUGUUGACAGACCCGCCUAUAUAAGCCCAUCAUAUUACAGAUCAGAACAAAUCAAGUCGACCCUCCAAAAUGAAGUUACUUUUGGUUCUAGCUUGCGUUGUCCUCUGCGCUUCUCUCGCUUAUGCCCAGAACCGCUGCGAUGGACGUCCUAGCGGGCGCCAGAAUUGCGUCGGUGGCAAGAAUGAAGGACGUGGGGGUGGAAGUUGCCACAGAACUGCCAUGGACGAAAUGUGGUACUAUAACCAGAGAUCCGGAAAGUGCCUCAAGAUGAAGUACCUCGGAUGUGGUGGCAACCAAAACCGCUACUGCUCCUUAAGACACUGUCAAAGAUCGUGCCCAAGAACUUAAAUG